GGCUGAGUCUGGAUGAUCCACCUUUGGAGCACAGUGAAGGUGCUGCAAGCAUACAGCGCGUUGACGGCGACUUCUCAUCCCCAUUAGACAUUAUAUGAGCCCAUUUUGAGAGAUAGCGCAAUGCGCAACAUAGUGAGAAAAGGUUCCGGCCCUAGACAGUUCCAUAGGCAGGCUGCGAUUUGCACCACGGCUGGCGCGCGCAUCCGCGUGACGUCCCCCGCGUUGUUCACCGUUUCGAUGACCUUCCGCAUGUUUUGGGUGACAAGCGCACCGCGAUGGCGCGUGUGGACAGCGCCUCUCUCCAGGGCGACUUUCUCUGCGGCAGCAGCCUUGUCCAACUCUACCUAUACCCGUAAGAUGGCCCCUACCAACGGCGUGAAUGGCACGAACGGUGUGAACGGCGCAGCUGAGAAGAGCUCCAAGUUGCACUCAAAAGUGGUUAUCAUCGGCUCUGGGCCAGCCGGACACACCGCCGCUAUCUAUCUAGCACGCGCAAAUCUCAACCCUGUACUCUUUGAAGGUUUCAUGGCGAAUGGCUUCGCCGCAGGUGGUCAGCUCACCACAACAACCGACAUCGAGAACUUUCCGGGUUUCCCAUCCGGUAUUCUCGGGCCUGAGCUCAUGGACAAGUUCCGUGCGCAAUCGUUGCGAUUCGGCACAAGAAUUAUCACCGAGACCGUCUCGAAGGUCGAUCUGUCCGCACGGCCAUUCCGGUACUGGCGCGAAUUCCAGGAAGAUCAGGACCCUGAAACCGCCGACGCGAUCAUCAUCGCGACUGGCGCCAGCGCAAAACGUCUCGGUCUCAAGGGUGAGGAGACGUACUGGCAGAGCGGCAUCAGCGCGUGCGCGGUGUGUGACGGUGCGGUUCCAAUCUUCAGGAACAAACCUCUUGCGGUGAUUGGUGGUGGAGAUUCCGCGGCAGAGGAGGCCACCUAUUUGACGAAGUAUGGCUCGCAUGUCUACGUGCUUGUCCGUAGAGCAGAGCUCCGCGCGUCCAAGAUCAUGGCGAAACGAUUGCUGAGCAACCCGAAGGUCACUAUUCUCUGGAACACCGUCGCGGUCGAGUGCCAGGGUGAUGGCGACCUGCUCAACAACCUACGCAUCAAGAAUGUCCUUACUGGUGAGGAGAAGGACCUUCCGGUCAACGGUCUGUUCUACGCUAUCGGUCACGAACCCGCGACGGGCCUCGUGCGCGGCCAAUUGCAGGCCGACCCCGACGGCUAUAUCAUCACCGUCCCCGGCACGACGCAGACGAGCGUCAAGGGCGUGUUCGCCGCAGGUGACGUGCAGGACAAGAGAUACCGCCAGGCGAUCACGAGCGCGGGCAGUGGAUGCAUGGCCGCGCUCGAAGCGGAGCGGCUGAUCGCGGAGGAGGAGGAAGGUCUCGAGGACUAGACUGUAUUGAAGGAUUUCCGUGCACAUUAUCUAGAUGUACCCCAUUAGUUGUCGUAUAGAAGGUCUUCUUGUCUUCGUAUCACCGUCUCAACAAAUGCGAUCAGGAUGGU